AUGGUUCACAAGAUUCUAUUUUGGGCCGGUUUCGGCAUUGCGACGCGCUUCCUUCAACUCGGCAUCGAAAUGCGACCGUUCUUUCAACGUGGCGCUCUAUGGGUGUACCCACUGUUCGCCGGCGUAGGUGGUUCAUUCGGGUACUGGCUAAAGGGGGUGGAAGACCGACAGUUCAAAUUGCUACAACAACGAAAAGAAAUGCUCAUCGAGAAGAGAAGGCGGAGAGCAGAGCGUGAAGCCCAGGCAGAUGGUGGUCAAGCUGAGACCGCAGGUAUUCUGGCAAGUACGAGCUGA